UGUAAGCUCCUCCUGCUAUGGAAGUCGCGAUGUCAGUUCGUCAGCACAGAUCACCUUCAAUUGUCUUAAGAUUGCCCCAAUCAGCUCCGCUGAUGCGUUUUCCGGACUCAAGUCCCAUCAAACCACUCUUUGCAAAAUAUUGGUCGACAAGUUUCCCAUGUCCGUACCUUAGGUGACACGGUAUAUCCAUCAUAAUCACGUGACAGUAUCCCAAGCGUUCUUCCGCCCAAGCAGAGAUUUCAACGUGAAUAGCUUCAUCGAAACGGUGCCCAAUACGACGUAAUAAUCAUCAAAAUACGGUCGGCCUCGUUCCUAUAGGCCUUCGCGAACCCCGAAUAAUUGCUAUCCACCAUUUUAGUACGCGUUCGGUCCUCUUUGCGCGCGUGAUGCGAUUCAAUUCCUUCCGCUCUUGCUAAUGUAUACAGAUCCUGGCGCCGAUUCAGCAUCUGCAGCGUCGCGACGGUCCCCUCGACAACCGCCGAGGAGGAUACUGGGGCAUGAAUAAUUCGAGACCAUCAAACUACACAGCACUAGAAUCGCUAUUCCUUUUCCAACUACUCAGCAAACACGGCUUCAUUAACGGCAGUUUUGAUCGCAUAGCCCAGGAACUCAAAAGCACCCCAUUGAUCUUAGAGCAGGCAGAGUACGAUGCUGGUCGACUAACGCCCGACGCUCUUCAGCAGCUCGCCCUUCGGCUCGUGAGCGAAGAGCAGAGGCGUGAAGCAGAGGCUGUCGCGGAAAAGGGGGUUAAUGGCCUGUCACCGACUACUAAGAAACGGAAGCUUCAGAGCCCUCCGCUUCCUACGCUAAAGGAAGCCCACGAGCAUCCCGAGAAACUUCUCAUAUUAGUCGACCGGUUAUACGCCCAAUUUCGAGACGAACUUGUUGGACAAAUUCGAGAAGAUGAGCGGGAGUAUCAGCAGCGAGAGCGUGAGAUUGAUGAGAUUGAACAGGGCGAGUGGGAUGAUAGAAUAAGGCAGGAACAGCGCGUGGAUAUCGCUAGGAAUGGAGUACCUCCCGAGAAGGAUAUACGGCUAUCCAGUUCAAACAGCCAUGCGACGCCGGUGCCAGUUCCGGUGCAAGCGCCGGCCCAAGCUAUCGCUCAGGUUCCAAUACAAAUGCCAGUGCCUAUGCCAGUUCAGCCUAGGGUACAGGAACAGCCGAAGCGCGUUGAAACCACUUCUGCUCCUAUCGUCCCUACUCAGCCUCCGUCUCAGGCUCUCCAUGAGAAGCCACCUUUGCAGCCGAGUCCUUCGCCUCUAGCACCCACGACGGUACCGGUACCGGCACCAGCACCAGCACCAGCAACCCCAACGCCACCAAUAGUGCGACCGACUACUGAGCAACGACCGUACCCGACAGACGUACGCCCACCACCACAUGAACCUUCCCGUGUCUCCAAUGCUACGACGCCUGUUCUUCAGCAUCCUCAAAUGGCUCCUGGCUAUAUCCCACGCCCCUCUUCCACUGCACCGCCGCAGUCGCAACUGCAUGCCCCAGAUGGUGCACUACGACCCGAGAAUCUACCAAAGGCGAAGAGCCCAGUGCCGAGCCAACAAGGCCAGGCACAAGCACCUCCUCUGAAAUGGGAACCUCUGUAUCAGCCGCCUCAUCAUUCACCCCAUCAUCCACCCCAUCCACCUCCUCACCACCCGCCACAUCAAACAUCACAUCCUCCGCCUCAUCAAACGCCAGUACCUUCGCCUCGACCCCCCUAUUCUGCAGGACCGACUCGACCACAAGGAUAUUCUCACAUUCCUGGGUCCCCUCAAGCUCCCCAACAUCCCCAUCAACAUGUACAGAAUUACGCUGGCGGCAGACAAACGCCCGGACAGAGUGUUCCUCAGUCCCGGUUUCCUACACCAGGUGCAAAUGCUCCAUCUCCCCCGGUUCUCCUACCUCCACAGACUGGUCCAAUUCCCCCCUCGCUUCAAUCCUUACCCGUGAAUGCUACUCCAGAUGGGACUGGGCAGCAUGUCCCACACCAGCGGUCACCAUCUACACCAGUUGUUGCAUCGCCUACGCCUAACGCCCCUCGAAAUGGACCCACACAGCAUCAAAUGCCGGUUUUACCAACAUCUACUCCUGUUCGACCGCCUCCUGGAUUAGCAACUGCACAACCUGCUACUGCAAUACAACCUCCUCAGCUUCCCAAUUCCGUCCGCCAUCCGACAUCGCAGCAGCAUUCUCGACCGCAACCUCUCUCCCAAUCAUUACCAGUUCCGACUACACCCUCUCAGCCUCAGAACCCUAAGGCCGCCCAGAGAUCAUUUGGUGUUUUGAACAAUCAGCAGUCUAAAGGAGUGGGCAGCCCUGAUGUGGUUUCACACCUUCAAAUGCCUAUUCAAACUCCUGUUUCCACGCCACAAACUUCACGCCCGCCCUCUGCGGCUCCUAUGCAGACUCCGUUAGGACUUAACGAUAAUUCCUACGUUAUUAGAGGGCAUGGGACCAAGUGGACAUCAACUCCGACUCCAUCUACUCCGCGAAUCAAAGAUGUAGGAGGUUAUUUCGACAUCGAGAGCCCUACUUUCGAGCCCAUUAGCCCACCAGUGAUGCCGGCUCAGCUUCCCAAAACAUCUCCUAACGCCGAAAAGAAGGAUCCUAGCAAAUCUACUAUGAAGACCGAUUCUAGUAAACCACGAGGCCGCCCACCACGAUCUGCACAGAAAGCAGAAGUUGCGCCAGAAACUGGAGGGGCCUCAGUUGAGCCAGAUGUCUCUGCACCGACCAUUAAAGACGAGGAAGCUACGCCGCAAACACUGCAGGAGGCUAUGGAUACCGCUGCCAGUGAGACGCCCCAAAGCCGUACGCCAGCGGCGAUUAGUAGCCUACCGAGUAAACGCAAGCGACAGGAUAGUCCCUUACAUCGUGGAGCGCCAACUCCUGCAACACACGUGCUCUGGACCCGAGCUUUCCACAAAAUUAGCAUGGCGGCUCUUGAUCAAAUCAUCGGACACCGGUAUGCUAACAUGUUUGCCAAUCCCAUCAAGCCUCGGCUCGCUCCAGGUUAUUACGAUAUCAUACAUCGGCCACAAGAUCUUAAAGGAAUACAGAAAGCCAUCACAGCCGGUUCAAAAGCCGCCGCUGCAACCGUGGCAACUAUGGCUGAUAUCGAUCCAAAUUCGCCCGCCGUCUGGCUUCCUAUAUCCAUUGAAUUGGUUCCACCACGGGGCAUCAUUAACAUUGCGCAACUUGAACGGGAACUGAUCCACAUGUUUGCCAACGCUAUCAUGUACAACCCCGACCCACAGCGAGGCUUAGGGCCGUCGUUCCUCAGAAGCUACCAGUCAAAUUCUGAAGAAGAAGAUCUUCGUGGGUACGAAUUCGACGAGAAUGGUGUGGUCAAGGAGACACGCAACAUGUUUGCCGAAGUCGAAAAAUUACUCGGUGACCUUCGUAACGAAGUUGUACCUCGGGCCCAAGCCAUUGGAACAGGAAGUCGUAGUGUGAGUGCUGCCGUGGGCGAGUCGAGCGCGGUUGAAGAAGAUGGCGGCGAUGAGCAAGCAGGUGAUGCAAAACGACGAAGGAUCCGAGGCUAGCAGCAAGCAUGUAAGGCCUUGUCAGUCUGUCCGAGAGAAAAGUGAUCUGCUUCGCUGUGUACUUGUGAUAGGAGAUAAACAGUCAAUGAUAGAGCGACAAUUGACUGGCUGUAUAUUGUUAUAUGAAUGAAUGAAUGAAGCCAGACCUAUGCUUAAUAUUUCUCAAAGACAACUGUUUAACUAGAUCUUGGUUAAGUUAAGUGAAACUUUUUUAUUUCAGUUCAGCCUUUGGAGCUACAUGAUAAGACCUCAUCUAUGAAAGUAACGGGUCGCGACCUUGGAAGCUUCACAAUUUUAAGAUUGUACUAUGUGGUACGUACCUGGGUACUUACUCCUGUACGUAUCUGCAUGCAUGUAGACAGUACCUAUAUAUGGUACGUGAUGUGAUAAAAAUAAAAAAGAAAGUUAUUGCAUACUCAAGCGUAG